UAAUGUUGUUGAGAGGUUGUUUACCUAAAUUCAAAUUUGUGUUGUAUCCAAAAGCCAUUUGGCAGUAGUACUCUUUGGGCCCAUUUUCCAAUUUGAAUGUCAAACUCACAUGUCAAAAGCAAAUUUAUAUCUACAGCCUCCACAUACUGAUACUUACUGGUGACAGAAGCAAGCCAGGCUUGUAUAUAGUCUGAGUCAAACGUCCUGAAUCAGUCUGGACUGUCCCGCUAAUCGUCUCUUCGUCUCGCUGUCCUGCUUACCAAUGCAUUUAUCCUGCUCUCGGGUACAUUGGGAUUGAGUAACAGUUGUAUUUCCCUGGUACUGUCUGUGAUGGGUGACCUUCUCUCUCAUCAGAAUGGUGGUGUUCCUCUGGGGGUAGCUGCCCACAAUGGACGUACUGAGACAGUUCAGAGACUGUUGGAGGCAGGAGCCAACGUCAACCACCAGAACAAGAAUGGAACCACAGCCUUGCUCGUUGCAGGAUGGAAAGGUCACUCAGAGGUGGUGAAACUACUGCUAGGAGCUGGGGCCAGAGACAUUCCUAAUAAGUUUGGAGCCACUGCUCUGAGCAAGGCCAGAGCCAACAACCACAAUGAUGUGGUACAGUAUCUACUGCAACACCAGCCAAAGUAAUAAACUAGCCACAGUUACAACUACAUAAGUACACAACACCUUUUUUAUGGACGCAUAAAUACAUAACUGUAUUUUACAGAUUUUGUUUGUGUGAUGAUAGCACAGAACAUUAUUAAUUAAAAAUCUGCUAUAUACAAAACCUCCCCUGCC